AUGCAAGGCGGGCACACCUACCGACAGCACGAAGCGGACCUGUGUCUACUUCUCGGCAACGUCGAGCAAAGCGUUCGUGACUUGGACAGUAAAAUUGAGUACCAUCUGAGAGCAAGCGAAGGAGUCGACGAGCACGGCCGCCCAAAGGUUUCGAAACGAGCAUGGCUUAUGGCCGCGUCUAAGAUUGAGCAUCUGCGUCAAAAUAUCCGCGACGCGCGCGACAACCUCACGGCUGCCUUGAUGGUUCUGGGUCCACAAACGACUAGGGACGUGUUCGGGACCAUCGCCAUUCAGACACAAGACUUUCGAACUCUCUCGUCGGAGCAUAUGUUGGAUGCUGGAUCGCGCGCGCCAACACGGCAACGUCCUCCUGAGCAAGUACAAUCGCUAGCCAAUCAAGUCGAGAGAUUUUGUAUCGCCGAGGAUGACGAAGAUGAGAACAGCUCCCCAACGCCAGGGUGUGCAGCCCCUCUCAAGUCAUUCGAGCGAUCAUGCAUCUGGUCCAUCUAG